CGAGGUCGGUUUCCCCCCUGAAUAUACGUCCAAAAACAUGUUCUCCCGGCCUCGCAUGUUCAGAAGGAAAAUGGUGCAUUGCCGUUGGCAAUGCUUGGUUGAAUGUAUUUGCACAUAGAUAUCUCUGCCAAUGCUUAGCCACAAGGAAGUCAAUUAGUAGAUCUAGCGACCACGCUUUCCCCCCAAAAAGUGGGAAAACGCUCUCUCGAAAAUCAAGGAAAUGGGUAAACAGGCUGUGGUCAAGUACAGUAGGUUAUCAGUUGCAGGAUUUGGCAAGAAGACACAUUUAUCGUAGAAUCAUCCAGUCAAAUGACGUGAGGAGCAGGUUCUUCUUACCUACAAGGAUAACAUCAUGGAGACCAUGGAAGGGAAUUGCCUGGUCUGGCCUAGGGUUCACGUGGGCAAAGUGCGAGGGGUUGGUGAUGGAAGACAUAAACCAAGAUGACACAGUACCGCUCAAACCACUCGAGAUGAAUGAAGCAGCAGCCCUCACUCAUACAUCACUUCUAAGACAAGCAAGUGGAGUAAUGGCUGAUGCAUCACUGCAGCUUCUUCAGCGCACAUUACGAGCCAUUCUUGACUUCUCCUCUGAGUACAGGAAACAGCUAAAUGAGCUAAUUAGUCUUCUAGAAUACUGCACGUCUACUUUGAGAAACCCAAUACAACAUGAUGAGUUCUGGGACCUGCUGGUGGCUGCAAGGUCUGAAAUGGAGUCACUAAAACAUCAACUCAAGGACCUCAGUAUCCUCAUGUCAUAUGCUUAUGCUGGUCUAGAGAGUGCUGCAAUGGCUGCAUUUAUAAAUGGGAUUGAGUGCACAGCAGCGUCAGCCCAACAGGCCAUAGACAGUGCUAAAGUAGAGUUGGAAAACAAUGCUGCAAAGAAUCUGGCUUUAGAAAUGCAGUAUAACAGCGCCUAUGCACAAUAUAUUGAGGCUUCACAGAAAAUGGUAGAAGAGAUGGAAUCAGCUCAGGAAGAAAAUUCAGUUGAGAACCAGGAAAAAGGGAAUGAAAAUGAGGAGAGAUGACAAGUAGAAGACAGAAGUUCUGCUUAGGUUUCAACAAUUUAAUAUCACUGAGGACUGAAGUGUAAGUUUAGACACCUCAGUGUCGUGGUGGCAAAUAUUGUAAAGACUGUACCAUGUGUAGAAUAUGUAUAAAAUAAAGAUGUAAGUUUC